UAAAGCUAAUAUAUUGUACCAGUGUUUUUAAGUCGCAUAAAGUCAUUCUAGUCUUCUGUAGGUAACUGACUCCUACCAUAAUUCGCUACAGUCGAAUUAUUUAUACUUAGUAACCCGUGUAGUACAGUGAGUCGCGCUGAUAAAUUUGGACAAAUGGAUAUGCGUGAUGGUGGGAAAUUUAACUUAGAGCAGGUAGUAUUUUGCCCGUACAUCGUAAUUUAAACGUUUAAAGUUGAAUUGGCCUUUCUUACGACUUCUGGUGUUAGCUGUUACCUCCGAUGUUACGAUAUUGAGACAUCCCAGCAUGAAAGGAAUGAGUACAGUAUGUUCAGUAACAAUAAGGUUUCUAAGAAUAUACAUCAGAUUGGAUCUCAUAGAAGCUCCUUGCGAGACAGAUAUCGAGAAUGUUCAUUUCCUCCAUCCAAGAAACCAAGGUUGGAUGAUGGCUCGACGUCCCGGCAAGCGAGAGUUGAUGAUGAUGUCUGGGGAGAGGAUCUCGAUGCUAAUACUGUGGAGGAGUGUUUCAUCCUGGCUUCACAGGCAUUGUCCCAGGCAUGCACCCAAGAAACAUCCAGAGCCAAAGAAGAGGCACAGACUGGGGAACUUGCAUCAGUGCAGACAGGAGUCGAGGACCUCCAAACAUCUGCAGCGCAGCCACUUAAACCAAAACAAACUUCAGCAUUCACCAGAAAUUUUCCAUCUACCUCAAAAUGGACAGGAACAUGCCCCAAAAAAAGUCCAUCCACAACAGCACCCUCAAAUGUGUUUCCAAGAAACGGACCACUCUCUUCAAGACAUCCAGAGGUGUUCCCAAAGGAUGUUAAGAGACCUUCAGUUAUGUCUAAAUCAAAGCAUGCUGCGAUUUUGCCAACAAAUGCUCAGUCCUCUACGGAACAGGUGGAGAUGGUGCAACAGAAUGCUGUUUCGUUCAACUCUAGAACAUUGCCAGGAAAUGUUCAGAUAUCGGCUUCUCCAUUUAGUUCAAUGAACAAUGUAAACACAGUCAUUGACGCGAAUGGAAGAGACUUGCUAGUCCGUGAGUUACAGCAGCUCAGAUUAGCCUAUCAGAAGCUGCAGGAUCACACACUCACCAAGGAGGGCGAGGUGUCCAUUCUCCGCUCUCAGCUGAAUAGCAAGAAUGCUGAGGUCGAGAUGGAGCGGCUGAUGAGGGCACAGGAACUGGAGUCCCAGGCACAGGAACAGAGGGACAAGCUGAAGGAGCUGCAGAAGGAACUUGAGCACACAAAAACACAGCUUGAGUUCAAGACUCUUGAGGUUGGUAGUGCACUAGAGAGAUGUCGCCUGUUGGAGUCACAGAGCAAAGUGAAGCUAGUGGAGCCACAGCCCUCUCAAACCCCACCAAAAUUCCCCAAAAAAUUGCCAAUGACGGAAAGUGCCUCCACCACUGCCGCCCCACAGACGCGUGCUCCUGCCCCUUCCUUGAAGCCUGUCAAGCUGGAGAUUCAUGUUGCUGAAGGUCCCAUGCUGUCCAGGUUGGUAACCCCAGCUCUCUUUGAGAAGCCAAUGCGCGGCACAGAAACAAUUUCCUGUCUUGGUAUUAAGCAGGAACCAGUGCCAACCGGGGAAUAUGGCAAAAACCUGACCCCAUGGGGAUCUACAGUGAAUGUGACACAUACCUCGGUCAGCAAGUUGAUACUCAUGGACUCACUAGGAAGUGACAGCGCACACCAGCUUAUACAGAAGGUUGUGCGGCAAUGUUAUUUGAUGCUAGUUAAGCAGCGAGAUCUUCUAGAACUGCACAAACCUCCAGAGAACAGAGAUAAGCUAAAGGAGCAUGAUUUGAAGGUGUCAGAAGCUGCAGGAGCAUUGUUUGGUGACAAACCUAGCCUCAUGAUUGCCAGCCCAUGGUACAAGAAUGAGCAAGGGGUGGAGACACGCAGAGCGCUAGGGCUGAUGGGCGCACUAGCAUUGGUGUCCCAAUAUGCUGCGCAGUACAUGUCGGGCAUGAUCCAGUGUGAGAAGUGUGUCACUAUAAAGAAACUUAGAAAGAAGAAACCUCCACAAGGAAACCCUGUUUGCAGGAAGUGGCUUGAACCCUGCAAAACUGUGCAGCAGUCUAGGCUGAAGCCUGCACCCAUGUCAAAUAAAGUCAGGAAGAUUGUUGAGCAGAGAAUACUCACAAACCUAGCAAUAAGUAGAGCCAGGGCCAGCAUCCGAGCAGCUAAACGUGAGAAGGCAAGGCUAGAAGCAGAGCGAGUAAAUGUAGGCCUGGAGCAAGAAACGUCUUUGUCUGAGCCUGAUAACCCAAAGUCUUCUAAAGUCUCACGAAGACCUCCAAACCUCUUAGUGGUUUAUAGGAAAUAUCUUGAAAGGUGCAAGGCAGUUUCACAUGCCAAAAUCAAACCAUUUUGUCAGGACUCCAUGUCACAGAAUCUUACUUAUCUGACUACAGAGCCUGGACCGAGCUCUAUGUCAGAUCAGCCAAAUGUGACGUGUGCUGGGCAGAGCUUGAAAUGUCAUCAGGUUGCAGAUAGGAGGAAAGCAGCAGGGAAGUGUGUGUCUGACGAAUCCCUCCAGGACUCGUGCAGUAAAUUGAGUUCAACCAGUGUACCAAAAUGUGCUCUGAAAACAAAACAUCAUUCCAAAAAAAUGCAGAAGUCUGUAAACAGAGAGAUAGAGGACAGUGAAGAAUCUGAUCAACUUGAUCAGCCAGGAACUAGUAAGCAGUCACAUCCGAAUGAUGAUCAUGUGUUUAAGAAACCUCUCCCGGUGAAACCGCAGUCUCCGAGACACAGGACAGCUCUGAAGGAAGUUGGUAAGCAGAAGGUUCAAGUAAGGAAUGGAGGAUGCCAGGCUAUUAAGAAAAUUACUGCUGCAGGAAGGAAGUUCCCUCUUUCAAAGUAUCUUCACUCAUCAGUUCUAGCAGCUCAGAGGAGGGACAUUGCCAGGAUCAUGAAACUUCUCUCAGAGAAGGGACGGUUGCAGAAGAGGAAACCAAAUGUAGGAAAGAAGCUGGGAAAGCCUGGGAAAGCUGCGGACCUAUUCAAGACUCUGCACGACAUUGUCCUGUUUAUAUGUGAGCAGAGAUUGUCUUUGAAAUUCAAUGGAGUGCUGCUUGGGGUGACACAUCUUUUGAGGGUGAUCUCAUGCAAAGUUGAGUUCAAGGAGGACAGAUGUCCACUUUUGGCAAAGAUAUUGCAAGAUCUCCUGUUAUGCCGUCCAUCUGUGAAUGUACUGAUGGAACUUACUGAACUCCUGUUCUCGCUGGGCAAGUACUGCAGCAUAAUGGCGACUCUGUGCCAUGGCACUGGUCCGUCCCCCUAUCUCGGUGGUACAAUUGGAGCGGUAUAUUUUGUUAAAGGCAAACCCCGGUAUGAUCUCGGCUCUAAUGAAGAAGUUGAAUAUUUUGGUAAUGACUCUUGCAUGAUACCACUGCUGUGCUGGAUGCUGCUGGUACAGCGUGCCGGUAUCGAGCAGUACGUGGUGUUGACAAGCCGCUUGAUCAAGUGGUUGAUGUGCGUAUCGAGACACCAGGAGGAAGGGCCCUACUGGAUUGGCUCUAAUGACCCUGAGACAGAGACACGCGACUGCCAGUGCAGGGCUCGCAUUGUGGAAGCUGUCAUCAUGCUGCUUCAUCUCUGUUACUCACACAUCAGGAAGAACAACUUCCAGGGGGACCAGUUGUUUCAUGACAUCCGGCAUCUGUUAGGCAGAGGACUUGUCUUCCUUCAUCGACUUGUGCACCAGGAUGCCGAUGUCGGAUUGCUUAUGGCGAAUGCGGAGGGGGAGUACCAGGUCCUUAUUCAUGGGCUGAUUGAUAACCUCAAGUUCAUGAAUUUCAGCAAACAGGAAGAAGAAGCAUUGAAGGUUCUGAAGGAUCUUGAGGACCAGCAGGUUGCGCACAGCCCCACGUUGAGCUACACCGAGCCAGCGAGAAUGAUGAUGGAUGACAUCUUCAAGACCAUCAAGUCUUUCUGCGGACCUUCCUACAAAUGAUAAAGUUCUUCUGCCACACAUUAACACUCUGUUGUUGCAUCAGUUUGAGCUACAGGGCAGUUCUGUAUGCUGUGGUGGUGGAUAUGGCGGUCACAUGAAAAGGGCCAGUGUCUGGAAGGGUUCCUGCAUUCAGUAUAAUGGCCAUGUGUCUGUGGUUCUGUUUUUCGAUGCUAAAUUUGAGGGCCAUCUGCUAACGUUUUCCUACACUCUUUAGAAUGGCUUCAUUCUUAUGAAGGUGGUGUGUGGAUACCAAAACAUAUUGUCAUGUAUAGGAUGGUACGCACAACGAAAAUGACUGGUUCUAGUUCGGAUGAUUGAAUUUAUUAGCACUUUGGUUGCACACUCUCUCUCGAUUACACUUAAAUACAGCGUU